UGCAUACAAUACACACUCUCAGGAGGCUUUGGAUAUAGUUAGUGACAGAAGUAUUAGUCAAUAUUUAAUAAUCAUGCAAUAAAUGCCAUUUUUUUCCCACAUUUAUGGUGUACUGUUUGCAGCUUUAUUCAGUGUCAGCUUCAGUUCAGCCUGAGAACUUUUCCAUUAGCUUCGCUUCAGAUAAGAGUUUCUCUUCAGCAAGGCAUUCCAAGCAAUAUAUUAUGUUUCCUUCUCAGGUAAAUUCAAUGGUCAUUUAUAUAAGUGCUUACAGGAAAGAAAAAGGUCAUUCUGUUUUAAUGAACAAGAAGAAUCCUCUAGUGAGGAAACAGGGAAUAUAGCUCCAGUUCCUCCAGAUGUUAUCCGGAAUCUCUUUACAAGGGAUUACCUCACAAAAUUCCAUGUGACCUGCUGUCAAAUAAUGUUACAAAGAUGAGGAAAUGAAUUUAUCUCCAACUUUUUUCCAGUAAGUUUGCCAGAAGGACAGGGCUGCUUUUCUUUUUACAAGGAUUGAUUUUUUUACUUGUGUAUCAGACAUUCAAAAUUCAUAGGCUUCACAAACUAAGACAUGGAACCAGCUAAGAAAUUCGUAUGCAAAUAUGAGCUUUGGUAAUGUUCCUUGAAAAGAGAAAAUGAAUGGACCUAAAAAAUUUACAUCUCCUCACCUAGGAAAAAUAUUGACAAUAUGGAGAGAGUAGAUUUUAUGGCUGAAACUGCAUCUCUCAGAGACUGGCAGCAAGACAUGGUAACUGAGUGGAAAAAAUGUCCUACAUGCACUUUGGUUAAUCAAAAUCUUCAUUCUUUGGAUAAAAAAACCCAAAUCAUAAUUGUCUCUUCCACCAUUAGGCAUUUCUGAUAUGGCUGUUACUUGUCUACUCAUAAUACAUAUCCAUAUGUGCAUAUUGCCAUUAAAUAAAUAUGCAAUGCCUUAUGAUUACAGGAUUAAAAAAAUCGAAUUCCUCUUGAGAUCUACGUCCGUUAGAUUGAGCCUGCAUUUAAAGAAAUGAGAUUGUUGCAUAGCUGAAGAAUAAUAAGCUUGUGGGAUAGCUGUUGAAGUUCCACAUAUUGUAAGCAUAUACUCUUAAAGCGUCAUGGAUAAGGACUUUAUUUCUUACCCUGAAGCCUUAGUCAUGAAUAUUCAGACUUGCCCAUAAUUGCAUUAAUAUUCCUUAUUAGUGAAAAUAUCAGGUUCGCAGUUUGAAUAGUUCAAAAAAUACUUCAUUCCUUCAGAAACUUGAGACAGGUUAUGAACUCUUUGCAAAGAACAGCGCAACAGUCUUCAACCCUGAUUUGCUUUGGCAUCCUUCCUUUGGGAUGUAAAUGUUUCCCUGAGCUGUCAGUGCCAAAGACUAAAGUUUCUGGCAGCCAUUCAUCUCUUCUUGACUUCUGAUCUCAGCUCAGUAUCCUCAUUCCUUGAAACAUACAUAUUUAGAAGUGACAGUUUAGAAUCUCCUGCAUAUUAUGUUUUUUCUUGCUUUGCUGUUGGGUGUACAUUACUGAGGACACUGAGAUCUCCUUCUCUUUGAAGGAAUAUACAAAAAAGUCUGUACACAGUAUGUUUCUACUGUACAGGUGCAUCCAGAAGGAUCAGAUACUGUGUUCCCUACAGAUCUCUGAGUUACAGUUCAUUGCCAUGAAAAGGAGGAUAUGAUAGUUUGCCCUAUGAAACAGGUUUAUAUGUGAAAUCUGGCAGGUAGCACAACGACCUGUGGAAUAUGAGUGAUGACAAACCCUUUUUAUGUACUGCCCCUGGAUGUGGCCAGCGUUUUACCAAUGAGGAUCAUUUGGCUGUCCAUAAACAUAAACAUGAGAUGACACUGAAAUUUGGUCCAGCUCGUAAUGAUAGUGUCAUUGUGGCUGAUCAGACACCAACACCAACUCGAUUCUUGAAGAACUGUGAAGAAGUGGGCUUAUUCAAUGAAUUAGCAAGUCCUUUUGAAAAUGAGUUUAAAAAGGCUUCUGAAGAUGACAUUAAGAAAAUGCCUCUAGAUCUAUCUCCUCUUGCAACACCAAUUAUAAGAAAUAAAAUUGAAGAACCUUCAGUUGUAGAGACAACUCAUCAAGAUAGUCCUUUACCUCAUCCAGAGUCUACUACCAAUGAUGAAAAGGAAGUGUCACUGCAGCAGACUGCACAGCCUACAUCAACAAUAGUUCGUCCAGCAUCGCUACAGGUUCCUAAUGUACUGCUUACGAGUUCUGACUCAAGUGUUAUUAUUCAGCAGGCAAUACCCUCACCAACUUCUAGUACUGUUAUCACCCAAGCUCCAUCAUCUAACAGACCAAUAGUUCCAGUUCCAGGUCCUUUUCCUCUGCUGUUACAUCUUCCUAAUGGACAAACCAUGCCUGUUGCUAUUCCUGCAUCUAUCACAAAUUCUAAUGUGCAUGUCCCUGCUGCAGUUCCACUUGUUAGACCUGUCACCAUGGUGCCUAGUAUCCCAGGAAUCCCAGGGCCUUCCUCCCCACAGCCAGUGCAGUCUGAGGCUAAAUUGAGGUUGAAAGCAGCCUUGACCCAGCAGCACCCUCAGGUAACAAAUGGAGAUACUGCCAAGGGACAUGCAAGUGGGUUGGUUAGGACUCAGUCAGAGGAGGCACGACCACAGUCACUACAACAGCCUGCAACUUCAACAACUGAAACACCGGCAUCACCAGCUCAGCCUACGCCACAAACACCAAAUACAGGCGGUCGGCGAAGAAGAGCUGCCAAUGAAGACCCUGAUGAGAAAAGGAGAAAGUUCCUGGAGAGAAACCGGGCUGCUGCUUCCAGGUGCCGGCAGAAACGGAAAGUCUGGGUGCAGUCAUUGGAGAAAAAAGCUGAGGACCUGAGCUCACUAAAUGGCCAGUUACAGAAUGAAGUCACCCUGCUGAGAAAUGAAGUGGCACAGCUGAAACAGCUUCUUCUGGCUCAUAAAGAUUGCCCUGUAACUGCCAUGCAGAAGAAAUCUGGCUAUCAUACCGCAGAUAAAGACGACAGCUCGGAGGACAUCUCGGUGCCCAGCAGCCCGCACACAGAGGCCAUCCAGCACAGCUCCGUCAGCACUUCCAACGGCGUCAGCUCCACGUCCAAGGCGGAGGCCGUGGCCACCUCGGUGCUCACGCAGAUGGCGGACCAGAGCACGGAGCCCGUGCUGUCCCAGAUCGUCCUGGCGCCUCCCUCCCAGGCACAGCCGUCAGGAAGUUGAUUAAAAACUUGCGUCGCAUCAGUUCCUUAGAUACACAUCUGUGACUUUAAAGGGAAACCAACAACAGACCAGUCUCCAUCUAGGAGAAAUUGUAGCUUCAAAUUAUUGAUUUUUAAAAAUCCAACUUAAAUUGGGCUUUAACGAUUGGCAGGUGGAGAUAAGACAGAACACCAGUUCUAGUCUCUUUGCAAAAGACUUUUUUUUUUAAGUAUUAGUUUUACUAGUUAUUUUUUGUGCUUAAUGUGUAAAGUGUGUGUACAGUAUGAUGUGGUUUAUUUCAUUUUUAAUUUGGUAUUAUUUUAACAAACAUUGGGGUGAAUUACUGAAGGUCAUCCCCAAGACUGUGAUAGGAAUAUUAUGUGACAUUUUUAUACCAAAGUUCUGCAUAGUCCCUAUUGACUUUGUAAAGUUAGCAAGGUCAUAAAGCACUAGGCAAGAGAAAGACAGUAACAGUAAAUUUGCUUUUAGUCUUUUUGCCUUUUUGUUGUUUUGCACAUUAUGAGAGGAAGAACAUUGGAAGAAAAAUGUUUGGGUUUUUUUAUGUAUAGCAUUUUGGUUGGCUUUUAACUGUUGGGGUUUUUAAUUUGUUUAAUAGGGCCAGUACAGUAUAUGAGAUACAGUACUUAUGCACAUACCAAUCCUAGAUGAGGAUCAUUAUUAAAUAGAUUUGAUUUUUCUUUUUUUUUUUUUUAAUUGAUAUCAGGUGGGUUUUUUCCCACUCCAACACUUGAUUCUGGUGGAAGGAGAGCUUUAAUUCUCCGGUCAGAAUAGAUAUCUAUAACCACCCCUUGUUGCAAGGCUGAAACCAGUAAGCAUAUUGUAAAAUACAGGGUUAUCAAAUAUGGAAUACUUGGUAUUCCAAGUAGGUUGAUAUUUUGUGGAUUUUUGAGUCGCAGACUAAGGAGUUUACUCAUGGUUUUGGAUGCCAGAAAAGCCUAAAAUCCUUCUUCAGACAACUCGACUUUUUUUUGUCAUUGUCUUGUAUUUGCAAGCUAACUUGUACUUAAUUCUUGUGUAAGCACUGUCAUCUUUUAGUAGCAAAAAUUUUGAUACCUUUCUUGUGGAAAAAAAAAAAAAAUCAGUAUCUACCGUAUCUUGGAAACAAUGUAAUUAUAAUGUGGUGUGUGUGGUGUGUGUGUGAGAAUGGUUCAGUAGUUAAUGCCAGCAGUCUUUUGCUUGAAUGUUUAAAGAUGCCUUCAAUGUGAUGCUGGCUGAUAGGUGAUUGCAGUUUUAAAAUGUUAUUUACUGUGCGAACUUGGAUAACUAACAUUCCAUGAUGUAGUUUGUUUCUGAUGAGAUGAUUGUAGGUACACUUUUUCUCAUUAUCCAAUCAUCUGUAGGAUAUUGAGUUUUUUAAAUGUGCCAUUAUCUAUUUUGAUUCUGUACUCAUGUUCAAAAUACAGUACAAUAUUUUACAAUAGAUUAAGUUGUUUUAAAAAAAGUAGAUGUGUGCUUUCAGGUCGGAAAACUUUGUAUAAUAGCAAAAACAGAUGCAUAGUAGCAACUGGCAGUAAAGCAGGAUUCCAUUAUGUAUAUAACAAAGAUUUAAUGCAUUUAUAAUGGGUUGUGUAGUUCAUUUGCUCUUCCUUCUCCACACUAUACCAUGCGUUUUUAAGUGUCAGUGCCAUCAAAUUUCUAUUUGGUUCAGUUUUAAAUCUAAAAAUGUAAUUGAUCCACAGGAAAAUAUAAUUUCUGCAAUAUAUAUACAACCAUACUGUAAUGAAAACUGGACAAAGAAGUAUCUAAGUCAUAUAUGUAUCAUUGCAGGGCUUUAAGCAUGAAAAUAUUAGGGAUUCUAAAUAUUUUGUAUUUUAAAACUAAGAAAGUUGUGUUGAUAACCUCAUGUGUUUAAAAGUCUUACUUUCCCAGUUUCAAGAUAAAAAGCUGUAACAGUUGUUGAACGUUUCCAGGAUGGUUAAAUACAAUGGACCUCUUGUGAGAAAGAAAUUAUUGCAAAGGCACAAAAUAUGAAUUCUGCAAGAAAGCUCUACAGUCACUUUUCAUUGUAGUUUUGGUGGACUAGAUGCGGCCUCAUUGAUUUUACUAUAAUUUGCGCUCCUAAACACAAAGGCUUUUAAGUCAUAUAAGUGGAGUUUUUUUAUAACAAAACUGUUGCGCUUGUAAAAUAAGUCUACAUAAGUGUAUAGGAGAUGUGUAAACAGUUAAUUUAACAGUGGGGCUGGAAAAAGAACCAUUAAAAUCUGUGUUCAGCAAAUAGAGAAAAGGUAUUAGCCGUACUACCAUGGAUUCCGUUUUGAGACGUUGUCACACUACUUCUGUACUUAGCAUUUUGGGUCUUUACAUUUGACAUGUUUCACAAACUGUACUGUUUUCUUUUAUGUGCAGUUUGCAUGAGUAAAUCAUCAAAGAGAAUAAAAUCUAUCUUUAAGUUAUGUUCCUAUUUUAAUGAAAUUAUAAUUGUUCUAAAAGGCAG